GCUCCCUUCCAUGAUUCAGUAGAACAACCAUCUCUACCCUUUUUUUCACUGAAUUCUUGGCCUGUGUUUAUAGGUGCGCUCUUCCAUUGAGGUUUUGAGACACCAUCAUAUGCCCCAACUAUCAAAGAUGAUUGCAGAGCUCAAAGAGAGAUUUGAACUUAGCAUCAAGCAAGGAGAGCCAAAACUGGUCCCCCCAGCAGAGGAAACAGAGAAGGGCCUCUACUACCUCUCUAACCUGGACCAAAACAUUGCUGUCAUAGUUCAGACUAUCUACUGCUUCAAAUCAGAGGACAAAGGAAAUGACAGAGCAGCUGAAGUCAUCAAGGAGGCAUUGGCGAAGGUGCUUGUCCAUUACUAUCCGCUUGCCGGUCGGCUCACAAUUAGCCCCCAAGGGAAGCUUAUAGUAAAUUGCACAGGAGAAGGUGCAGUCUUUGUCGAGGCUGAAGCAGAUUGUGAGAUGGAAGACAUUGGAGACAUCUCCAUGGUUGACCCCCUGAUACUAGGCAAGCUUGUUUGUAGCAUUCCUGGUGCUAAAAACAUACUGGAGAUACCUCCUGUGGUAGCUCAGGUUACCAAGUUCAGCUGUGGAGGGUUCAUCCUUGGCCUAGCCAUGAAUCACUGCAUGUUUGAUGGGCUUGGUGCCAUGGAAUUUGUGAACUCAUGGGCAGAAACAGCACGGGGCCUGCCAUUAUCCGUGCCACCAUUCAUAGACCGGAAUCUGCUCAAGGCCAGGAAUCCUCCUGUCAUCAGCUUCCCCCACCAUGAAUUUGCUGAGAUUGAAGAUAUCUCUGAUGCCAGCACUCUAUACCAAGAAGAAAUGCUUUACAGAAACUUCUGCUUCGAUACCGAUAAGCUCGAGCACCUCAAGAGGAAGGCCAUGGAAGAUGGAGCUCUAAGCAAGUGUACUACUUUUGAAGCACUCUCUGGCUAUGUAUGGAAAUCCCGGACUGAGGCAUUGAAGCUCCAAUCCAAUCAGAAGACUAAACUACUGUUUGCAGUGGAUGGGAGGUCAAGGUUCAAUCCUCCCCUCCCAAAAGGCUACUUUGGCAAUGGAAUUGUGCUCACCAAUGCUCUUUGCAAUGCCGGGGAGCUCACCGAGAACCCGCUCUCAUUCGCAGUUGGGCUGGUCCAGAAGGCAGUGCACAUGGUCACCGAUGAGUACAUGAGAUCGGCCAUAGACUACUUUGAAGCGACUAGAGCUAGGCCUUCUCUGAGUUCUACUCUUUUGAUAACUACUUGGUCUAGGUUGUCCUUCCAUACUACAGAUUUUGGGUGGGGGGAGCCAAUUGAGACUGGGCCUGUGGCUCUUCCUGAGAAGGAGGUGACCUUGUUCUUGUCUCAUGGGAAGGAGAGGAAGAGCAUAAAUGUGCUUCUGGGGCUGCCAACGUCAGCAAUGCUAAAAUUCCAAGAGCUGAUGGAGAUAUAGGAAUAGAAAGAGAAGUAUUUGUUACUAUGGUGUCUCUGUUUCUCAUUUUAUAAUAUGAAUGCCUUAUUGUUUCUUGUUGGGUUUGUUUGAAGCAGGAUUGUCCGAAAAUAAUUACUCAAGUACAAGAGUAGCAGUAAUGGCUACAUUGGAAAUUUAUUUCUGUAGUUAAAUGUAUGUGGUCAGCUUAUCUUUAGAAAAUAAUUAUUAAUUUAUUGAGACUAAAUUAUGCA